AGAGCGGCGCAGUGAGAUGGGCAAGUCGAAAAGAGCAGUUGUGUUUGGUUUGCGAGGCUGCCAAGAGCGAAAACAAAGCGCGGACGAUGAAUAAAAUAUUUGGAAUUCUAUUGUGUGCCCUGUGCUGCCUGCUGUGCGUUUGGCCCACGGCCGGAAAUGGACAAUCCGUGGAAAAGGUCACUGAGGCGACCCCCGAAUCAAAUCCUGCUCCUGCUCCACCAGGCAAACUCCUGUUGGCCAUCCACUACGAGGCCCUAUGCCCAGACAGCAUGUACUUCAUACGUCGACGACUUUACGAUGCUAUGCAGAACAACAGCUGGUGGCCCGUCACCGAUCUUAAGCUAUAUCCCUUCGGCAAGGCGUCGUUCUACAACAACACAUCCAAAGGUGAAGUGGAGGUUUUCUGCCAGCACGGCGCAGAGGAGUGCGAACUGAAUGCCGUCCACGCCUGCAUUAUUGAGUCCUUCGAUGUUCGAAGGGCCUUCAAUUUGGUCUUCUGCAUGCUGAGAUCCUACUCAAAUGAGUUGGACAAUUGUGCCAGGAGCAUGCGUUUGGAUGUGAGCAAGGUCAGGGAAUGCAAAAGUUCGCGCAAGACCGCCGACAUUCUUUCGCCCUACGGCAGGAAAACCCUCGAACUGGGCCUCUCCUUUGUGCCCAGCAUUGUGUUCGAGAAUGACUUUGAUCCCUACGGACAGAGAAGCAUUCGCCAAAACUUUGAGAAGCACUUCUGUAAACAGUAUUUGAAGAAGUUCAACAUUACACUGCCCACUUGUGGCGCACUUUUAUGAAUGCAAUAUGAUGAGUAAUGUUUUUUAAUGCGCCAAAACCAAUAAACAAUAAUUACACUCCA